AUGGGAGCCAACAGCACGCGGAGACCCAUGCGAAGCGUCUAUGGCUGCUUCAGUGAGUGCACGGCAGUGAUAUUAGAGCAGACACGGCCCCAGCAGGUAAAACAUACAGGGAAGGGCAGGCGUAAGGUGAGUCAAAGAACAGGCUGCACAGAUCUGAAAGGACACGGAGGCUCAGAGGACACGGGAGAACAACCUAUAGAGCCCACGGAUCCACAUGCGAAAAACAUUCAACUGUAG